AAAGAUCAAUAUUUCCGGUUUCGGUUGCUGACAUGAAAAUCUUGCAAGAAAACAGAAAAUAAUGAAUAAAAUGACAUCUCACGGCACAUUAUCAGAUUCAGAAGAAGAUGAGAAACCAAGUUUUAGUAGGCCUCCAUCCAAAAUUAUGAAAAACAAACCUUAUAAAAGGAAACAUGAUAUUAUGAUGAAUUACAAUGCCGGAUACUUUGAACAAGGUGGAACAGAGGUUAUAGAAACAUCUGGAUCUGUACAAAAGAGUUUUUCAGAUUCCUCCGAGGAUGAGAGACCAAGUUUUCAUCAACCAACACAAAAGAUGGGAAGUGAAAUGAAGUUUGUUACUAAAGGUCAUGCUAUGGGUGAUGCAUCAAGUGUUGGAAGUAGUAGUACUACAGGAAGUGAAACAACAGGCACGAGUGAAAGUGAAGGUGAACCAGCAGCUAAAUUUAUCAAAGUGAAUACAGGACCAAAACAACCUGUACAGAUGAAUGACGCUGUUGGUAAAAUGAUGGCUAAGAUGGGUUAUCAAGCUGGUAAAGGUUUAGGUAAACAUGGCCAAGGUAGAGUGGAGAUUGUAGAAGCCUCCAAACAGAAAGGAAGAAGAGGUUUGGGUCUAUUUUUAGAAGGAUUAGAAGCUGAAGAUGUUGAAUGGAACUUUGAUCUAGAGGAGUUGAUAAUAGAAGAAACAGUUGAUUGGUUACCUAAAUGUACUCUGCCUAUUCCUACUCUAGAUGAAAUGAUACAAUGGAAAGUUAUUGGUAAAAAAAAAAGAUCAAUAGAUGAUGAAACGAAAUAUAUUUCUGAAAGAACAUUACAGGGAAUAUUAAAAUCAAAGAAUGUGUUUGAUAUUUGUGAUCCAGAAGAAAUGAGACGAGCGAGAACGAGAUCUAAUCCCUAUGAAACAAUUCGAGGGGUUUUCUUUCUCAACAGAGCAGCAAUGAAGAUGGCUAACAUGGAUGCUGUGUUAGAUUUUAUGUUUACAACUCCUAAAGAUCCAUAUGGUAAAAACCUAGUUGCACCUAAUGAGAUAUUAUACUUUGCUGAUAUAUGUGCUGGACCAGGUGGUUUUAGUGAAUAUGUUCUCUGGAGGAAGAAGGGAGAUAGUAAAGGCUUUGGAAUGACCUUGAAAGGUCAAAAUGACUUCAAACUGGAAGAUUUUUUUGCUGGCCCUGGUGAAAUGUUUGAACCAUUUUAUGGCGUUGGUGGAAUCGAUGGUGACGGUGAUAUAUUUAACCCCGAUAAUCAGGACGCUUUUACUAAAUUUGUACUUAAUAAUACAGACGGCAAGGGUGUCCAUUUUGUAAUGGCUGACGGAGGGUUUUCUGUUGAAGGACAAGAAAACAUACAAGAAAUAUUAUCAAAACAACUUUAUCUGUGUCAAUGUUUAGUUGCCUUGUCAAUUCUUCGAGAAGACGGCCAUUUUGUAUGUAAAUUAUUUGAUCUGUUUACACCGUUUAGUAUGGGAUUAGUAUAUUUAAUGUAUUUAGCGUUUGAUACUGUCUCUAUAUUUAAACCUGUAACCAGUAGACCAGCUAAUUCAGAAAGGUAUAUAGUCUGUCGUAAUAAACGUGCUGGUAGUGAACAUAUCUGUGAAUAUAUGAAGCAUAUUAAUCUCGAUCUAUGUAAAUAUUUAGUCUCUACAUCGAAGGAGGAUGUCAAUGAAAUAGUCCCACACGACACUAUGAAAGAUGACACAGAUUUCUUUGAUUAUAUGUGGGUGUCCAAUGAAAAUAUUGGUAGAAAACAGAUUAUAGGUUUAAAGAAAAUCCAAGCUUUUUGUCAAAAUAAGGAUCUGUAUGAAAAUAGACAAUCAACUGUACGUAAAGAUUGUUUAAGAUAUUGGCAGGUACCUGAUGAAGUUAGAGCAGCUCCUAAUCACAGAGAUCCAGAAGGCAAAUUCUCAGAUUUAAUGGAUAAUGAUCCGUAUGAUUAUAUAAAUCAUUCACCAGAUCUAUUAGAUGAGUUUUCUAAAAGUCAUAUAAAGAGUGUGUACGAUUAUAUGUGUACAGUUAGAAGUGAUCAGAAUACCUAUUAUUUACUAGGACUAGGGAAAUCACAUGUAUUUAAAUUAGAUAGAGGUAAGUGGACAAAAGUUGAAGAAAGAAUAGAAUUACCAUAUCGAACAUUACUAGAGGCUGAAACAGUACAAGAAAUACGCGGAGAGGGUAGAGGUCAAAAAAGAAUUAAAACCAUUCACAUUUUAGAUGCUUUGUUUUUAUGUGGUAAAGAUGUGCGAUCUCUACAUUUUAAAGAAAGAUUAGAGAGUUUAAAGAAGUUUGUAAAAGCCGUCCAGAAACCAAGUAGAUCUGAUUUAUCUCCCUUAGUUGUAUCACAUUAUUAUAAACUAGAAGAAGUUGAUCAAGUCUUUAACAGAUUAGAUAUGAAGGUUGUUAAAGGAAGUCAGGGUAUGCCAAGAUUGUGUUUUCUUACACCAGAUAAUACCUACUAUCAUCCUGGUGGUAUCUACUUCUUAAAAACUGUUAAAGAACCAUGGAUGAUGUCAAUUAGUAGAUCCAGUAAAAGAAAAUACUGGUACAACACUCAUACGAAGGAAGCUGUUUAUGACUGUCGUAAAGAAAGCAUUGCUACUGCAAGAGACAGUAAAUUAAAGAGUUUAUUUUGGAAAUGGGAGAAAGGUGUCUGUGUACAUGAUAGUCAGGAACAUACAGAUAUAAAUAAACUAUCGCGUGAUUCAUUUCUAGAGUUUAUACAUAGAUUAAUACCAGUAUGAAUACACAGUCAAUAAUACAGUCAAGGGCAGCAACAAACUUUGAGAGAUUUUGAGAUUUAUAGAAACGAGAUUAUGAUGGAUGAGGAAAAACACAGAAUUGGAAUAAUGUGCUAUGUUUUGUGUAGAAAUAUUUGCUAUCUGUUAGAAGAGGGGGCAGUACCUUUACAACCAGUCAUUAAAGAUGGAUUAUGUACGAUUUAGAUAAAAGCUGACCAUUGUUUCUAUAAUAGUUUAAAUGAAAAUAGAUAAUGAAAAAUGAAUAUAUUGAAAAUUUUGUUCAAAGUUAUUUAUUCUGGCCGAAGUUAUGACUGUUUGAAAAUGUAGCCUAAAUCAUUCAUUAUCAUAGCCAUGGUACUUGACAACCGAGACUAAGUUUCGAUAAAUCUCGCUGGUAUUCCAAUCCAUUGAAAUCUCGGCUAUCUGAUGAUCUAGAGAGUUGAUCAGAGGCUUGUCAUGUGAAUAAAUGUCUAAAUGAUAGUUUAUAUAACAAUUGAAGCCAACAGAAAGACCGGCAGAUUUAGUCAUGUAUGUUUUCAUCUUUAUAGGGUAGGUGUACAACAAGAAAAUUAAUGCUAUCAUGAAAUUAUUGGUACCAAGAAAUUAUUGUUAGCAAGAAAUUAAUGAGAGCUAGAAAUUAAUGUGAGCGUAAACUUUAUUCUAGAAAGUUAUUAGUGUGAGCUAGAAAUUAAUCUAGCAUGAAGUUAAUCCUAGCAUGAAAUUAAUUCUAGCAUGAAAUUAAUAUGAGCUAGAAUUUAAUAUGAGUUAGAAAUUAAUGUGAGCUAGAAAUUAAUGUGAGCUAGAAAUUAAUGCAUCAAAUGCAUUAGUGAUUUAACAGGUUAGACAGCUUUAAGUCUUAUAAUGUACAGUUACGCUUUGUUAUGUUUCAAGUCAUAUGAUGUACAUUUACGCUUUGUUAUGCUUCAGGUCAUAUGAUGUACAGUUACGCUUUGUUGCGCUUUAAGUCAUAUGAUGUAUAGUUACACUUUGUUGCAUUUCCAGUAGGACGUUAAAACCCAUUUCAUUUCAUUUGCUGCAUUUUAAGUCAUAUGAUGUACAGUUACGCUUUGUUAUGCUUUAAGUCAUAUGAUGUAAAGUUACGCUUCACGUCAUAUGAUUACAGUUACGCUUUGUUACGCUUCAAUAAUGUUUUAUUUGUUUUUGUUAAGAAUUAUUUUUAUAUGUUUCAUGUUUGUAUCAAAAUAAUGCACAAUGAUUAUUCAUCCCUGAGUUCUACUAAAAUAUUUUACAUAUGUUAUGGAGUUGUUGCUGAAGAUAACCAAUUCAUAUCAUUUAUACCGCUUUUCAUAAUUCAUUCAUUUAUUUGCCAAUUAACCAAAACUACACUUAAAUGACUCUUAUAUGGUGUCUUAAUUCCGACUAAUUUAUGACGUUCAUAAAUUUGUAUAUAUUUUUUUUUUUUUAUUAAAUCCAACAUUAUCAUUACGUAUUUUAUUGUUAUAAUUUUUGUCAUUUGUAUAUUUCUGUCAUAUUGAUCAUAAUCAUUGUAAAUUAUUACUUAUACAUAUAUUAUAUAUACAGGAUACAGGCAUGUUGCUUCAGUGAAUACACGUAGAUUAGCAAUUUUCAUUAUUGUGUGGGGGGUUUUAUGGCUGAAUGAUUAGCACAUGCGCGCUUUAUCACAAGGUCUGUCAUUGAGGCAACUGGUGUGCUUUUGAUUCCCCGGUUGUAUGUGACAAGGAGUAGAGUCGCCUGUCCAGCCUCGUGGGUUUUCUCUGGGUCCUUCGGGUUCCUCCUACUGCUAAAGACCCCUACGCGCAAGCGAAUUAUGGAAAUAAAAUUGAACAAUAUGUUAGUCCUGAAAUGAGCUAGUUUGUGUCGAGUGGACGUUAAACCCCAGUUAUGAAACCAUUUGGGAUAUAAUGACAUAAAAUUGAAAAUUUUGGAUAAAAUGAACAAAUUCAUUUUUUUAAAACUAUUCCAAAUGUUUUAAAGGAACAAUAACACUCUUGCUGGCUUGACAGCUCCAAAAAAUAUAAAAUAGCCUUAUUCUAAGUACUAGAUGUGUUAGUGUCCUACCUGUUGUGUAAAUUAUCCAUUAAAUCCUAUUUUACUUGUCCAGAGGGUUCAAAAAUAUUUUUAAAUCCAAGUCACAUUUGAAAAGCUUUACGUCAGGUUUUUCAAAUCAUUUAGUUGAAUUUUUCCAAUUUUUUAAAUUAGGUGUGUUAAGAUGAAAUUUGUAUCAUCAAUUAAUUGGAAUAUUGUAAAAUAGAACAAUUUGUUGACCAGAAUAAAGAUUGGGACAUAUUAUUCAGUUACAACAAGAGUGGUAUUGAGCCUUUAAGAGAUUCUUGGAAUAUAUAGUCAUAACAAAAAGAAAUAAACAUCAUCAAGACUAAAACUAUACAUAUUCACCCGAUUAGAUUUUAUUACAUACUUCGAGAAGGUAUUUGUUGAGUAAUAAAACCUUCUAGUAGUUUAUCGAGGGCUGGCCGUCCUUACCACAUGGCACAAAUAUUAUCACCACUAGAAGCAACAAAUUCCAGAACAAGCCAGAACUCAUACCAAAAUGGCUGCUUUAUACAAAUGAGUAUUUAGGGGAAUACUAACCCGAACCCUAACCCUAACCCUUUUAAGAGAAGUAAAAACUAAAUUAGACCCAAGUUCAGUUUUUUAAAAAGGGUUAGGGUUCGGGUUAGUUAUCCCCAAAAUUCUCAUGUAUAUAAAGCGGCCAUUUUGGACUCCGGAAGCACCCGAACCUCGAUAAACUACUAGAAGAUUUUAUUUGUACCGUGCGGUAAGGACGGCCAGCCCUCGAUAAACUACUAGAAGGUUUUAUUACUCAACAAAUACCUUCUCGAACUAUGUAAUAAAAUCUAAUCGGGUGACAUAUUUGCAUUAGACCCCCUGGUUAUGGUUAUGACUUAAUUUUAGAAUUUACUCAAAAUUGUUCUACUUAUUUUAACUAAAAUAUAGCCCAUGAUAAAACUUUUGUUGUUUUAAUGUGUCAAAUACAUCAAUUAGGGACUAUGUGCAAAGUUUUGUGCUUCUUGAUCAAAGAUAUUUCUCAUAAACAGUGAUUGAAAGAUGAGUAAAUUCUUAACUUAAGUCUGAGAAUGCUUUGUGAACUCGGGGCCUGAAGCCUAUCUGCAUAAUGCUUUUGUUGAUAUUAAUUAAAAACUCUGUCUUUAGUUCACUAUGUAAUUCAUGUUUAAAUCUCCAUAAGCUUGGUCUAGAAAAUUUAUAAAUUGUUGUGUCUACAUGUUGUAUUUUCUUCAAACAAAUGUUUAUAUCUGUCAUAUGCAUGAAAUACGUUGUGACAAUACUGUGUUAGAUAUUGAUAUACAAUUAAAAUGUAUAUACAUGUAAUUGUGUUAAAUGCUUAAUAAUUGGUUAAGAAAGUUUGUGGUGUAUUUACUGAGACCCAAUGAAAAUGCUCCACUGAUUUAACUGGAAGUUCAGGCAAGCCAUAAUAUUAAUGCAGCAGAAAUGUGAUUUUUGGCAUGAUUUAGGCUGGACAGUUACUGACGCAAGAAAAUCAACCAACAGGAGGCCACAACACCUUUAUUUUGUAGUGAAAAGUUGGUACAAAAAAAGGGGUAAAAUAUCAGGGUAUCAAAGUCGUUAAGUUGUUUGUCCACCUAGUAGUCAGACAUGCCACAUGGACGAGAUAUGUCUCUAAAUGGCUGCCAAUGAGAUCUUUUUGCACUCCCUUUGUAAUGCUUCUUCUUUUAGCUCUGGAAAUCGUGCCGUAAAGUUAAUGCAAUGGCGGUUCUCUGUAGUCAGGUGUCAAUAUUCACAUAUCAUUGUCUUCCACAGAAUUAUAGAAGUUGUCCUGACCUUAUCUGCUUAAUGUCCACAUUUUUAACCCCAUGCCUGUACCAUAAAUUCGUUUCAACGUUUCUUUUCUGUUUAAUUCAAUUUUCUUAGGUGCUAUCAUCGUGAUCUGGGGCCUGUUUCGCGAAAUUUUAACUAAGAUAAAAUCCAAAUUUUAGUAAUUUGGUUGGAUAAUAUUAGAUUGAUUUUAGUGCUUAGCCAAUCAAAAUUGAAGUAUCUACUAAAAUUUGGAUUUUAUCUUUAGCUAAGAUUUCGAGAAACAGGGCCCAGAUGUUGUUCCCCUUAGAAUUGCAAGAUGGCGUCUUACAAACAAGAUUUACCCUCAUCCAGUUAUAAAAGUUGUGUGUUUUUAUUGUGGCUCAGUAAAUAAUCAGUGAAAUGGUAUCAUUUGUUAUAUUUGUUGUGUUAUAUUUUACAUAAUAUCAUGUUUAUCAUCAACAUUCAGUCAAACUGGUUAUUAUUCAUUCUAACAUUAAAGGUUUUUUUUUCUAAUUUUAUCACCAUUUUGUUUGAUUUAUACUACCCUGUUUCCAAAAUAUGUCCAAUUCAUUGAUUAUACC